GUGCCGAGCGGGCUUCAGGCCGACAGGACUGUCUUUCGCCGUCGCUGUUUGCUGCUGCUGCCGCCGAGUUGUGAGGACAUUCCCGGCCGUCCCCACUGGCCACCAUGUCCGCCCAGGCACAGAUGCGGGCCCUGCUGGACCAGCUCAUGGGCACGGCUCGGGACGGUUCAGUGUAUCUUUGCCUGCCUACAUCAAUCUGCAAGGGAGUUGCAGAAAAGCCUCAUGUUCAUCGAGCCGAGAUGAAACCAGACAGAGGGUCAAGUUUACAGAUGACCGUGUCUGCAAGAGUCACCUUCUGGACUGCUGCCCCCAUGACAUCCUUGCUGGGACGCGCAUGGAUUUAGGAGAGUGUACCAAAAUCCACGACUUGGCCCUCCGAGCAGAUUAUGAAAUUGCAAGUAAAGAAAGAGACCUGUUUUUUGAAUUAGAUGCUAUGGAUCACUUAGAGUCCUUCAUUGCAGAGUGUGAUCGGAGAACUGAACUUGCCAAAAAGCGGCUGGCAGAAACACAGGAGGAGAUCAGUGCAGAAGUUUCUGCCAAGGCAGAAAAAGUACAUGAGUUGAAUGAAGAAAUAGGAAAACUCCUUGCUAAAGCAGAGCAGCUGGGAGCGGAAGGAAAUGUGGAUGAAUCCCAGAAGAUUCUUAUGGAAGUGGAGAAAGUUCGUGCAAAGAAAAAAGAAGCCGAGGAAGAAUAUAGAAAUUCUAUGCCCGCAUCCAGUUUUCAACAGCAAAAGCUCCGUGUCUGUGAAGUUUGUUCAGCUUAUCUUGGUCUCCAUGAUAAUGACCGUCGUCUUGCAGACCACUUCGGGGGCAAGUUACACUUGGGCUUCAUUCAGAUCCGAGAGAAGCUUGAUCAGUUGAGGAAAACUGUGGCUGAAAAGCAGGAAAAGAGAAAUCAGGAUCGAUUGAGGAGAAGAGAAGAGAGAGAGCGAGAGGAGCGCCUGAGCAGGAGGUCUGCCUCAAGAACUCGAGAUCGAAGGAGGUCACGCUCCCGGGAUCGGCGACGGAGGCGGUCUAGGUCUACCUCCCGUGAGCGGCGGAAGUUUUCCCGCUCCAGGUCCAGAGAUAGGCACCGGCGACAUCGCAGCCGUUCCCGGAGCCACAGCCGCGGUCACCGCCGGGCUUCCAGGGACCGGAGUGCAAAAUACAAGUUCUCCAGGGAGCGUUCAUUGAGAGAGGAAUCCUGGGAGUACGGGCGGAGUGAGCGAGGGCCCACUGACUGGAGGCUGGAGAGUUCCAAUGGCAAGACUGCAUCGCGGAGAUCGGAGGAGAAGGAGGCUGGCGAGAUCUGACCCUGGCUCUGGAGCUGUAAAUAGUCUGACAAAUGCUCAGCACAGCCUAAAUUACCCUUUAUAUUUGCUGGGUACAACUCAUCUUUUGUAGUUAAAAUUUCUAUUGUUUGGCCCUAGCUGUGAGUUUCUAGAGUUGUUCAGAGCUGCUCCUGUGUUUGGGGUUAUGUUGUAUAGGAACAAAUAAAUCUGGGGGCUGCCUCCUGACAGCUGUGUUGGAGUGUCUGCUGUCCUCCACUCUAGAGGCACUUCAUUAGGACCCUGCACCUGUGGAGACAAAGGCUGGUGCUGCCAUUAACUCAGAAAGCUGACAAAUGUCUGACCACUUUAACUUUUGGCAUCCUGUGUGCCAGGGCACUCCCAACACGCUGAGCCAGAUGAAUGUGGCUUUCCUGCCUGGCUCAUUCUGCAUCUUAGCUGCUCAUCCCAGUGCAGACCAUAGAGCGGGCUUUGUGGAUGGUAGGGGUGGCCAUAUUACACACUCGUUUCCUUAUGAAGAGUGGUAUCUGUUAUCCUUAGCUCAGAUGUGCCAUAUUGUAGUUCCACUUUGCUACUUAGGUGGAAUGGCCCUAAUGACGUAGAUGGCCCCUACUUGUCAAUCAGGAGGUCCUUGGGAGAGGGUUACAGCUUAGGUCAGGUAUCUUGGGUAAAGUUUACGCCCAACCGAGCAUGUUGUUGCUCACAGAGGACCAAUGCCUUAAGACUAAAGUGAAGCCCAAAUAGAAAGGAUCACUGAAUAGGAGCUUCUUUCCUUCAUUUGUAUGGGGGAGGUUAUAGUUUAUUUUUGGAGGGAAUUUUAGUUGCUUGUGUUAAGCAUAGAAGCACCUCUCUCCCUGUGAUGUGGUUGUAAAAUUAGGUGCUGUUCUUGAGCUGUUGGUUUAAUGGUCACACAUGGGGUUUUGUGAUCUUGUAAUGUGGUUCUUGUACUGCCCUGGGCUCUCCCCUGCAGGGGGAUGUAUGUGGGUACCUGCCCUGCUGGUAUGUGAAGCAGGCUUUCCCUGGUCAGCAGUCUCCAUGUGAAAGGAGGUAGGGUGGAAUAUCCUGAAGGAAUCCACUGGGCCUCAGUACUGUAGACAGGUGCUUUGUGUAGGUUUCAUUCAUCUCUAGCUCCUUGCCCUCCAGGUGGGGCUCAGUUGAGCUUUCCUGCUCUCUUCCUGGAGUGUGGCCUGUAGCUGGGCUUCUUGGUCCAGGUGGACAUUUUGACUAGCCGUGGCCACUUAGGCUAGGAACUUGUUUUGUGGACUCUUUGGGGCCUUAACUAGACAGUCCUAACCUCAGAGCCAACAUUAACAUGUCCUUUUUUGCCUAGAUAUAAAUUUGUAUGUGGAGAAACAACUGUUUUGUUUUAUCAGGAAGUAAAGUUGGGAACAUUUUUGAAAUGUGGCCAGAGGAUAAUUCCUGGCUUGUGAGGCAUACAGCUACAGCUACUGGUAUUUGGGUACAGUAGGCAGACACCUUCCUUUGGUAGCCUCUUUUUGUAUGGUCAGGGUUCUCAGGAUUGCAGAAAGGCCAGUUGCCUCAGUCUCUUGGGGAAGAUGAUCUUACAAGGAAAUUGUGGCAAAAGUUUUUUUGUUUGUGUUUUUAACUUUUUGGGCAAGGGCCAAGAGUCUUGCCUUGAUCCCAGACUACUAAACUUCAGGGCUGAAGACACUUUUGCCUCAGCCCCCAAGUAGUUGGCAUUAACAACUAUGCCAACACACCUGGGUGCUUUAUUUUCUUGUUUUGUGUUUGUUUGGUGGGCAGGAGUUCUUUGCCUGUCCUGGAAUUCUUUCUGUAGAACCAGCUGGCCUCAAACUCAGAGAUCUGCUGUCUCUGCCUCCUGAUGUUUUUCUGAACUAAGUAAACUAUGUUUCCUUAAUUGAAGAUUGCUGGAGAAAGGGAACCAGGAAGACAUAGAUAACCAGAGAUUUGUUGUGUGUGUUUGCAAGGGUGCUGGUGGCUCAGGCCAGUAUGCAAAAAGUCGUAGGGUCUACCAUCUGCAACCUGAGGGCCCAGGACGGAUGCUGCUGAUUAGGUUCCAGGCCAAAGAACUGGGAGACCCAAUAGUUUUUAUCCUGCCCUUUGCAAGGCCCAGUAAUCAGUAGCACCCACAGGCCAGGGCAUAGGGGGAGGUGGAUGUCCAGCUCAGAAAGAGUAGAUAUGCCUUUCCUAGACCCUUUUGUUCUUUGCAGGCCUUUGGUGAUGCCUAGUGCAUUGAACAAAGAAGUCAUAAUUCUGGCUGAUGAUUGUAAUGCUUCUCUGAAAUCCACAGUUUUCCCCAUGUCAUAUAAUGUGUGUCAUGCAUGUGCUCUGAGAGGUGAUUUCACAGUUUCUUCUAUUUGCUGAUACAGGACUUAGUUUGCUUUCUGUUGAGUAAGAAGUGAAAGACGGGUGUGUAGGACAUAUUUCUGUGUCUGGGAUAUAGCAAUGGAGGCAGGGCAGCAGGUUAGAAUCAAGUUUCUUCAAUGACUGUGACUGAUUCUGAGGCAUUACCUUCUCUCUGAAAUCGUAUGAAAACAGGGUUUGGUAGCCCCUGGUCCCUCUACCUAGACGAUAGGUGCUAGGGCUGGGGACCCAUUUCCUAUCCUAGGUCUGUCCCACAAGCCUUUGAUGUUGGAAGUUAUUUUUGUCUUGUCUGGUGUAGGUCAGCCUUGUGCCAACAGGUGGCACUGUCCUACUUUUGGAGACUGUCUUAGAUGUUCUGGCACCUAAGCUCCUAGGUCAGGAGGAUGAACAUGAACAUGAAGCAUCCCAAGAGUCCUGUCUGAUCAAGCAAGAUGAUUACUGUACUUAUGGGACCUGUGAUUCUUGCCUGUUACUCUCUGGGGGACAAAAGGCCCAAGGUGGUCAAAUCCAGCCUCAAUAUUUUUGAUGAUUAACCCUAGACCUGCCAGGUUAGAGGCCUCUUGAAUCUCCUAAUGUCCCAAGGUCAUUGUAACAGGUAAAAGACUGGGCCUUCAUUAUAUUUCCUUGGGGAAUCCGUAAUGAUUGGAACUUGGCUUAACUGCAAUGGAAGGGUAGUCUCUUACUACACAGAUAAGAGAGAGAGGAGAUGCAGGGUGUUCCCCUUGAAGAACCCAUUGUCAGCUCAGCAGAACUUGGAAGCCCGUACCUAAGUCAUAUGGCUCAGGAACAUCAGGGCCAGGCAGAGGUUAACAGGCUGACAGUGGCCUGUUAACAAACGACAUUAUAGCCAUGACUGAUGUGGAUAAGUCAGUGAAGCUCUGGGAAAGGUGGUUUACCUUGACCGGGGCCUCCAGCAAUAGCAGAGUCAGCCAGCCACUUGGCUGUGGCUGCUUUAAUCUGCAGUCUGGUCCUGGGAUGUGUGAGCUCUGCUUUUUUCCAAAGUUAACUGGCCUGAGAGCCUUAAAUUUCCCUGGACUCUAAAGCCUCACAUUUUUCCUGCCUGGCAUGCAUUAUUAGAAUACACUGAAUCUUAGUGUGUGUUUUGUCAUUGUCAGUGUCUUCUGCCUCCCGAGUCCUUAACACUCUUCCUUGGGUUUGUUUCCUGCUAAAAUAAAAGUAAUUACUUCUCAGAUCAUUAAAUGGACAGCUGUUAGGUGUGUGGCUCCUAGCACAUAUUCCUUUCAGAACAGUAAUAUUUAUAGAAUGCUGUGAUAUAUUCCAUUGAGGAUUCCAAACUAUAGCAAAGCUUUGUAAGUCAAACUACAUUAUAGCCAUCUCUGAUGUAUAUAAGUCGGUGACAUUUAUAUAUCCACAGUGUUGUGCAGUUAUCACUGUUACCAAGUUGUAGGAUGUUUUCAUCCAGACAGAAACUCCAGUUCUCUAACUAUAACUUUCCAGCUUCUUCCUGAAGCCUCUGGCAACCAAAAACCUGUUUUCUGUUUUCAAACCCUAUAGUUUGCUCAUUUGGGUAUUUAACAAACAUGGGCUCAUGCCCCGGAUGGCUUUUGGUGUGUUGAUUUCCUCUACUCAAAGUGUCUGCAAAACUCAGCCUCGUAACCUUUUCUUGGGUAAAGACUUCCAUUCUGAGUGUAAGCAACAUGUUACGUACUCACUCUGAUGGUUCACCUGAUUAGCUCGAUGGGUUUAGAAUCACCAUGAAAACAGCCGAGUGGUCUAUGAAGGUAUUUCCAAGGGUUUCAGUGAGAAGACGAACCCAGAAUAUAGGAUGCACUAUCCUAUAUGUUGGGUCCUAGACUGAAUAAAAAGGAGGAAAAGAGCUGAGCACUAGCCAUCGUCUCUGCUUCCUGACUGCAGAUGCAAUGUGACCGGCUGCCUUAAGUUCCUGCAACUCUGACUUCCCACCACAAGGACUGUACCCUUAUACUGUGAGCCAAAAUAAAACUCCUUC